CCGGCUGAGCAAGUGAUGGGAGACAGCUGACUCACCUGACGGGAUUCUCCCUCUUCCUCGCUAUAAACCUCCCCAAACCCGCCUCUAGUAGCGAAUUAAGGACCGUAUCGCACAUUUCCUCCCAUAUCCGCACACAUCUGGCGUCUUGGGGGGGGGGGGGGGGAGAACAGAAGCGUCCGAUUUUUGGGAAUUUUGGAUAUUUCGGCAAUGGAAAAGCAGUGAGGAACUUUGCCAAAAUGCCAAGCCGGAAUACGCGUUUCGCCCCGCAGCCCUCUUCUCAUGGAGUAUAGUCCGACCGUGCACCAUCCAAAUGUCGUGCCGUCACCCCACGUGAAAAACAAACUCUUCGUGCUGUGCGUCAUGCUGUCGCUCUGGGUGUACUUGAUCUACUGCUGCGUGGGCUACUGCGCCACCGCGCCGGACCCCACGGCCGGCGCCGUGCGCGGCAGGCGGACCCCGGAGAGUGACGCGGAGUACGACAACCGGGGCGCCUCCGUCGGGGCGUCCAGGGACUUGCUGAACAACGACAACGACCCGGACAGCAGGGGGGACGAGUGGGACGAGGACGGCGCCACGGCGGGUUUCUUAAACGGGUCGGAGAGUAAGAAGUUGCCCCGGGCCAUCAUCAUCGGCGUGAAGAAGGGAGGCACGCGCGCGCUGCUGGAGUUCCUCCGUGUGCACCCGGACAUCCGGGCGGUGGGAGCCGAGCCGCACUUCUUCGACCGCAACUACGACAAAGGCCUGGAGUGGUACAGGGAGCUGAUGCCCAAGACACUCGAAGGCCAGAUAACCAUGGAGAAGACCCCUAGCUACUACGUCACCAAGGAGGUCCCCGCUCGAAUCUACACCAUGUCCAAGGACACCAAGCUGAUCGUGGUGGUCCGAGACCCUGUCACACGGGCCAUCUCAGACUACACACAGACCCGCUCCAAGAAGCCCGACAUCCCCUCGUUCGAGAGCUUGACAUUCAAGAACACGACGGGCGGUCCGAUCGACACCGCGUGGAGCGCCGUCCAGAUCGGCAUGUACGCCAAGCACCUGGAGCGCUGGCUGCGGUACUUCCCCCUGCGGCAGCUGCUGUUUGUGAGCGGCGAGCGGCUGAUCAGCGACCCCGCGGGGCAGAUGGCCCUCGUUCAGGACUUCCUGGGGCUCAGGAGGGUAGUCACUGACAAGCAUUUCCACUUCAACCCGGCUAAGGGCUUCCCCUGCCUCAAGAACCCGGAGGGCAGCAGCAGCAGCAAGCCCCACUGCCUCGGCAAAACCAAAGGGCGGACCCACCCUAAUAUCGACCCAGAGGUGGUGCAGCGGUUACGGGACUUCUACAAGCCCUUCAACGACAAGUUUUACCAGAUGACUGGACAUGACUUCGGCUGGGACUGA